AGCUAUAAUCCAAGUGAAAAUAUGCAGAAUGUAUUGAAACACCUCAAUUUUCUUCUAUCUGUAAUGUUCUUGACAGAAGCAUUGCAUGGCCAGUCUAAAACUAGUCAAAAUCCUAAGCAUACAGGGGUUAUCUUCGUACAGCCACCCCAUAAUAGAAAUUUCAAUUCAGAUAAGUCGAACAAUCCACGGAAUAAUGAGUACAGCCUUGAAGGAGGAGGAAGAGGAGAUGCCCACUCUCAAUCGAAUCGUCCACCAUCAUCUUCAUACAAUCAAUAUAAUUCAAACGAUGGAGAAAGUUCAGCCAGAAACCCAUUACACGCACAUGAGGAUAAAACGUUCUUAAACAACAGGGAAGAACAACAACAAAGGUUCCUGCAGCCUCAAAAGCAUCAUCAAGAAAUUAAUUCCUUUUAUCCAGAAAAUGGUGAACGCCACCCUCAUGAAGCAAAAAAUUCUAAAUCUUCUCAACAGGAGACUCCUUCCUCAAUGAAUUCCCCAAGAACCAAUCAAAUUAAUGGAAGAGGAUACAAUCGGCCACAUGAUCCACUUCAAUAUAAGAAGGACCAAAGGUCUAUUCAUGUAUCGCCUGAUCCUUAUUAUAGAGAGAUGCAUUUACAAGAGAAGGGAGAAAGACCUGUAUAUGAAGAUUAUCAAAAAAGUCCUGUAAAUUCAAGAAAAGCACUCAUUCGUGAGGAAGGUUCAGAAGAAAAUUCACAAUGGCAUGAAAGUGAAUCUUUGGCACCAACUUCGAGAAGAAAUAACCAUCAGCCAGAAAUGUCUUCUUAUCAGCCAAGAAACCAAUUUCAAAUUCGAGAAUUUCAGUCUCCUCAACCAAACCAUUCUGACAAUGAGUUUUCUACCAGUCGAGGCCAAUCAUCAAAAUCUGAUUCUGAUACAAAUUAUAAACAAAAUUUCCGACCUUCACAGGGAACUUAUCGAUCAGUAUCACAUUUAGAUGACCUAGAGAAUGAAGAUUUGCGUGAUUCAGUUAAAAAGUAUUCAAAUGCAGAUCGUUCUCAACAGGACAAUUUAAAUUUUAAGGCGAACUUCCCUCCUUCGAAGGGUAACUCACGGGCAAUAUUACGAUCUCCAGAGUUGAGGAAUGAGGAUUUGCUUAAUUCUUUUAGAGGGCAUUCAGAUGCUGAUUCUUCAAUGCAUGAUAAUUUAAAUUUUAGACGAAAUUAUCCACCUUCGGAGGGAACUUUUAGAUCAGUAGAACAAUCAGAUAAAUUGCAGAGUGAAGAUUCGCCUGAUUCAUUUAAGCAACAUUCAAAUGAUGAUUCUUUAUCUCAAAAUAAUUUUAAUCCUCAAAUAUCAGGGAGAUAUAGGCCACAAUAUACUGAAAUUUCACCUGAUUUUGAACAUCACUCAACAAAUAAAGAUUAUCAUGAUGACAAUCAGCACAAUUUUCAGAGUCCAAUGCCAUUGGAAAGACCUCAUUUAAAAGAAAAUUCAAAACAUCAGACACCAAACUCCGACAAUUUUUCUCCAAGUCAAAGACUGCCACAUUUAGAUGAAGAUCUCCCAUCAAAUUACAAUGUAUAUUCAAAUGAAAAGCAGCCAUCUUCUCACAAAUCUGUCCAAAACUCUAAGCAUCCAUUAACGCGUGAAAGUAGUGAAAAUUACCCUGAAAGGCAGCCACAAUCGGAAGGAACUUAUUCAGAUUUUUCAGAUGAACAUUCUCCAAGUUCUCAGCAGAACAAUCAAAAUUUUGCCUCUUCUUCCAGGACAAGAAGUGGACAAGGUAGAAAUCAACAAGAGCUUUCUCAACAUCCGGAACUGAAUAGGAAGCAUUCAGAUAGACAAGUUAGAAAUCAGCAAGAGCUUCCUCAACACCCAGAACUGAAUAGAGACUAUUCAGAUAGACAAGGAAGAAAUCAACAAGAGCGUCCUCCAUCUCGAGAACUGCAUAUGGAUUAUUCAAAUAGGCAAGGUAGUAGUUACCAACAGAUUUCUCAACCUCAAGAAUUGAGUACUCAUUAUUCAAAUAGAAAAGGUAGAAAUCAUCAAGAACUUCCUGAAUCUCAACAAUUGCAUGCGGAAUAUUCAGGCGAAAAUGUUCCAAAUUUUCACCAACCAACACAUACAAAUACAAAUACACAAGGACAGCUACCGAGAGAUAAUUUUCAUCUAAAUUAUAAUGAACCACCACCUCAAUCUCAAGGAUUGCAACAAAAAUAUUCCGAUGAAAAUCUGCCAACAAAAAAUGAAGCAUCUCAGACUUCGAAAAUUCCUUAUGUUCGAUCAUUCACUGAAGGCCGACAUCUGGGUAAACAGGAAUCGUUUCAAUAUCUCCCAGAAAAUGCAGAGUUAGUUGACGUUUCAUCAAAUAAGAAAAAUAACCCUUCAGUUCCACAUUCAGAAAUGCUGCCAGCUAAUAAAAAAGGCCAGCAAGUUGCUAUUGGUGACUAUUCAGUUGGUCAUAGUGUUCAUCCUGAGGAGUACAGUUCACCCCAUAACUUCCAAGACGCUCCUUCGCGACCAAGAAGUAACAAACGCAAGGGUAGAUUGGAAAAUUUACCCAAUAAUCCUUUGAAGGAACAAGUUGCUGGUGAAUUAUAUUCUGAACCAGAUUCUAGAUUGCCAGCAGUAGAACACAAUACAUUUAAAAAAUCUCGUUCCUCAAGACAACGAGCUGCACAGCGGUCUUUAUCUCCUGACCAGAAUAUUCAAAAUGUCCCUGUGAAAAGAUCUAGUGAAGAUGACAGUACAGUAAAAAAUCUUACUUUUUCAGCCACAGUUGAAAGAGAUCAUAUAGUAAGCAUGGGGUCGGAGCAAGAACCAGAUUCAGAACCAGAACCGGAGGAGAGAGAUGACGACGAUGAUGAUUUUGGCGAAGAGCAACAUGAUGGCUUCCUGGACAUGGGAGCAUAUACAGACAAGCAAGGCUCUUUCGGUUGGUACGCAGAUUUUCCUGUUGGCAGAGGUCAUGACAAAGUAUCAUAUUCAUCAUCAUAA